GCGGACCGGGCGCUGCGGGAGGCUGGGCUCUGCGGGGGACCGGGCGCUGCGGGGGGCUGGUUUCCCAUGGAGCCCUGAUGGCUGAGGGAAGGAAGGGGACACAGACCCUGUGCACGGGAUCUGGAUCGAGGGGGCUCCCAGCCGUGAGACGUGGGGGUACAGGGCUAGGACAGGGCAGCAGGACGCCUGGGUUCUGAGGCUGGGAGGCCUUGGGGCCCCCAGUGGUUCUGAUUUCUGGGCCUCCCCCACCCCCCAAAUCACAGGCCGAGCCCGGCUCGUGCCUCAGUUUCCCCGUCUGUACAAUGGGAGCUCAGUCCCAGCCCCUUCCGGUGGGGUGGGGGCCACAGGCGCUGAACCGGCCCCUGACCCCCCGUUUGGCUGCGCCCCAGCGCUGGGGGCGGACUCGGGGGGCGGAUCCCGGGGCUCCAGACCCGGCUCCCAGGGAGCCUGGCCCGCGUUACGGGCGGGGCCCCAAGCCCCCCCGGAGGAGCCGGACAAUGGAUGGGGGCGGGGCUGUCUCUGAAGCUCCGCCCCGGCCCCCUCCCUAAAUACAGACGGGGGGCGGAGCCCCUCUAUUGGCCACCCGCCGCUGGCACGGGUCCGGCAGACUGCAGCCGCGUCGCCCGCGGGUUCGAGGCCUGCCGGCAGAGAUGUUGCCGCCUGGGGCUGGACCUGCGCCGGGCCCGCGAGCAGCUGUUGGCGGCGGAGGGCGAGUGCUCGGCGCUGCGGGUGAAGCUCAAACACGCCCGCAACCAGGUGGAGGUGGAGAUGGGGAAGCGGCACCGGGCUGAGGCCGAGCUGGAGAAACAGGAACGGAAGCUGCAGCUGAUCUUUGACUUCCUGAUGCAGGAAUCCCCCAGCGUGGCCCUGAGCGAGGGGCAGCGCUCGGCCCUGGCCCUGCUCGACGGGCCCCGGCUGGGCACGGCCCUGGCGCCAGGGAGCAGGCUGUCCGCGGUGGACGAGUCACGCACCUCGCUCACGUCCCAUUCCGACAUCAGCUACGACCGCACCGAGGACGAUGUGGACCUGGACGUGACAGUGGUGAAACCCCUGAAGCGCAAGUCCCAUGAGCGCCCGCGCUCGUCUCUGGCCCCCCUGAUCGGCCCCGUGGUCGCAGCAAAGCGCACGCGCCCCCCGGUGCUGCCAGCCGCCAGCGCGAGUGAGCCCCCGGGGACCCUCCCAGCCGGGGCCGUUGCUGAAGACGGAGGCCGGGACCGGAGCCUGCUGCCCGCGGUGCCAGUACUGAGCCGACGCUCGCGCCAGGGCCGACGUCUCUCCACGCUCACAGAGCUGACCACGGUGUGGGGGAGCAGUGAGGACUCUGACGGCCGCCCAGACAGUGGGGCAGGGCUGGAGCCCAGGGGGCUGGACCCCUUCCCCUCCCCACCACAGGGGGUGGCGCCGCCCCAGCACCUCUUCACUUCCAAAACGGUGAUCCGCCCCGAGUCCUGCUCUGUCUGCGGCGCCCGGGCCCGGUUCGGGCGGGUGGUGCUGCGGUGCCGGCACUGCCGCUUGCUGCUGCACCCCGAGUGCCGCGGGCGCUGCCCCAGCCUGUGCACCCCGGGCCCCCGGCCCUGCCCCCGGGAGGGCGUCCUGGCCGACUUCGCGCCCCCCGUGGCCCCCCUGGUGCCUGCCCUGGUGCUGCACUGCGUGAGUGAGGUGGAGCGCAGGGGCCUGACGGAGGUAGGAGGGAGGGGAGCCCUGGGGGGGAAGCUGCUACGGGCCAAGGGGGCGCUGCCCUCGCUGGGCCAUGUGGGCGACGUGCAUGUGGUGUGUGGGGUGCUCAAGGACUUCCUGAGGGGCCUCAAGGAGCCGCUGGUCACCUUCCACCUGCACCCCGCCUUCCUGCGGGCUGCCGACAUCCCGGACGAGGCCGCCUGCCAGACAGCCCUGUGCCAUGUGGUGAGCAAACUGCCCCCCGCCAACCGGGACACGCUGGCCUUCCUCGUGCUGCACCUGCUGAGGGUGGCUCAGAGCCCCGAGUGCAGGAUGGAUGAGCUGAACCUGGCCCGCGUCUUCGGGCCCACGCUGGUGGGGCACGGCACAAGCAGCCCCACACCACUGGCCAUUCUGCAGGACACGCCACAGCAGUGCAAGGUGAUGGCUCGUCUCCUGUCGCUGCCCCCCGAGUUCUGGAAGCGCUUCGUGGGGAUGGAGCUGGAGAACCUGGUGCCUGCGGCCACGAGCGACCCCCUGGCGCUGAACAAACGGGGUGAGCAUGGGGGACUCGGGGGGGCUCCUGCUGGGGACAGCGGGACCGUGGGGGGCAGGGGCCAUGCAGCCUGGGGGCCCCCACAGAGCAGGUGUGGGGAACUCUCUCCCUGGGGUCACUCUGUGCCCCAUCACCCUGAGCUGUGGCUGCUAGAGGGGCCAGACCUGGAGCCCGGUCCGGGCCCAUGGCACUCUGCUACUCUGACCCCCAUCGCCAGACAUCCAGGCCUGGUGGUGUGUGGUGGGUGA